ACUGAGCAAAUAUCGAAGAUGGCGGCGUGUGUUGAGAUAGGCGGAGGCGGCCACAGUAUGGAUAAGAGCAUCACACUCCCACCAGAUGAGAUAUUUCGCAACCUGGAGAACGCGAAGAGGUUCGCAAUAGACAUAGGGGGAUCUUUGACAAAACUUGCAUAUUUUUCAACAGUUCAACAUAAAGUAGCCAAAGUCCGGUCUUUUGACCACACUGGAAAGGAGACGGAGGACGAGCCCCUCUAUGAGGUCUCGGUGCAGGAGGAGAUCACGGCCCGCCUCCACUUCAUCAAGUUUGAGAACGCCUACAUCGAGACCUGCCUGGACUUCGUCAAAGACCACCUGGUCAACACCGAGACCAAGGUCAUCAAAGCCACCGGGGGCGGAGCCCACAAAUUCAAAGACCUGCUUGAAAAGAAGCUCAAACUGAAAGUUGACAAGGAGGACGAGAUGUCCUGUCUCAUUAAAGGCUGUAACUUCGUACUCAGGAACAUCCCCCACGAAGCGUUUGUGUACGUGAAGCACGCGGAGCCGGAGUUCCGGUUCCAGACCACGCACCCUGACAUCUUCCCUUACCUGCUCGUCAGCAUCGGCUCCGGGGUCUCCAUCGUGAAGGUAGAAUCGGAAGACAAGUUUGAGCGAAUUGGGGGAAGUUCCAUUGGAGGCGGUACGUUUUGGGGUCUAGGAGCUUUACUGACUAAAACAAAGAGGUUCGAUGAGCUGCUGCAGCUCGCCUCCAGGGGGCAGCACACCAAUGUUGACAUGCUGGUGAAGGACAUCUAUGGGGGAGCCUACGAGAGUCUGGGAUUGACCGGGGAUCUGAUAGCGAGCAGCUUCGGCAAGUCUGCCACCGCAGAUAAAGAGUUUUCCAAAGAAGACAUGGCAAAGAGCUUACUGCACAUGAUCAGCAAUGAUAUCGGCCAGCUGGCCUGUCUCUACGCUAAACUGCACAACCUGAGCCGAGUUUAUUUCGGGGGGUUCUUUAUCCGGGGGCACCCCGUUACAAUGCACACAAUCACCUACAGCAUCAACUUCUUCACCAAGGGAGAAGUCCAGGCUUUGUUUCUCAGGCAUGAAGGCUAUCUGGGAUCAAUAGGAGCAUUUUUAAAGGGAGCGGAGGAGGACAAUCCAAACCAGUACAGCUGGGGGGAAAACUACGCUGGCAGCUCGGGCUUGAUGAGCAUUUCCCCGGACGUGUUCCCCAUGCAGCGCACCCGCAGUGGAACGUUUGACAUGCUGGAGAUGGACCGGUUGGAGCGGGAGCUGGUGAACCUGCCCUUGCUUCUCGACUCCUCGUCCUACAUUCCUGACACCGUAGACCUGACUGAGGAUGCCCUGGCCCGCGAGUACUGGCUGUCCUGCUUCGAGGAGGCCCUGGACGGGGUGGUGAAACGCGCUGUCGCCAGCCAGCCUGACCUGCAGGACGCCAGGGAGCGAGCUGAGAAAUUCCGUCACAAAUACCGGCACAAGCUACAGACUCUGAGGCAUCAGCCCUGUGCCUACGGGUCCCUGACAGUAAGAAGCUUGUUAGACACCAGAGAACACUGCCUGAAUGAGUUCAACUUUCCAGACCCUUAUUCACAGAUUAAACAGAGAGAGAACGACCUGGCGCUCAGGUACUUUCAGAAGGUAGUGUCGUCCAUGGAGAUGCUCAGCUGGGAGGACCGUCAGUUUGCCCUGGUGAAGGGGCUGCUAGCCGGGAAUAUGUUUGACUGGGGAGCGAAGGCCGUCUCUGACGUGCUUGAGACUGAUCCAACGUUCGGGUUUGAUGAAGCUAAACGACAGUUACAAGAACGUCCUUGGCUGGUGGAUUCGUACAGCAAGUGGAUUGAGAGGUUAAAGGGUCCUCCUCACAAAUGUGCCUUGUUUUUCGUAGAUAAUAGUGGAAUAGACAUCAUUCUGGGAGUGUUUCCCCUUGUCAGGGAGCUUCUGUGCAGGGGCACCGAGGUUGUGUUAGCCAGUAACUCGGGGCCAGCUCUGAAUGACGUCACCUAUAACGAGCUCCAGAUCCUCACGGAAAAGAUAGCAGCAAUGGACUCGGUCAUACAUUCUGGGAUCACAAAGGACAGGUUGAUUUUGGUUCAAAGUGGCUCCAGCUCUCCGUGUUUAGAUUUGAGCCGCCUGGACAAAGGCUUGGCCACUGUGGUGAAUGAGCGGCACACUGACCUGGUGGUCAUCGAGGGAAUGGGCCGCGCCAUCCACACCAAUUACUACGCAGUGCUGCGCUGCGAGAGCCUCAAACUGGCCGUCAUCAAGAACUCCUGGCUGGCUGAGCGACUGGGAGGGAAGAUCUACAGCGUGGUGUUCAAAUAUGAGCAGCCCCGCGAAUAACACGCCAGCGCGAGACCGCAUCGCAGGGGGGGGGGCGGGGGGGUGAGACUUUAAAAACGGCACCACCUGUACUGCAAUUUUUAUUGUUUCAUAGAUCUGUUUGUUUUUGGGGGGUUGGGAGUUGGUGCAAAAAUCCGGCUUCCACAAGUUGAAAUCAAUAAUUGGACGGCUUUAGUGAACGGAUCUCAAAAUAAUGUGGAAAUUGAUUUGCCCCAGAAUGGUACAAAAUGAUCUGUGCUCUGUCUCCUAGGUGUGUUGCACACUUAGCGACUGCAGCCAUUUCCUGUUCUGAAAUGGGUGUUGGGCUUGUGGUGUUGCUCUGAAUAUAAUCCCACCUUCAUCUUUCUGGCCAAUGCUGGACAAAAAAUGGUCCCGCUUGUACUGCCAAACUUUAGCAAUGGCAGUGUCCCUCCACUGUAGCCCUGGGACUGCGUCUCUCUCUGCUUGCGGUGUUGGAAACGAGGUUCCCAUUGCACAGUUACUGCACUCAGUCCAGGUUGUACUUUGGAUUGGAUUGGAAGACCUCUUUUCUGAAUGUAGCAUGCACAGCGGUCCCUAGUAAAACAUGGACUGGCUCCCACUGCUGCGCAAUGAGACUCCAGUUCUUCAGCAUCUAGUAAAUGCCUCUCAGCAUUAAUGCCUCGUAACAACACUGUAAAUGAGAAGGCAGGGCUGGAUCUGUAGCUGGCUCACCAGGUUUUUAAGAUAAAAUGAAGUGUUGAUGAGUCACGAGAACCAUUGCUCCGUGCUUAAUUGGUAGUGAAGGUUAAUUAAACCCUGGGAGGUGUUUUUUUUUUUUUUAAACACAUUCUGUCUCCAGUUACCAAAGAUGAUGCUCUUUAAGUCUAACCAGUGGAGAGUUCCCAUAGCGUGCUGAACCAAGUCCUCUCCAGACAGACAGACAGACAGACAGACAGCCUUACUGUUUACUGAAGCAUGCAGCAAAUCCACAACGUUCACUUCUCAGUGUGGCCACCAGGUGUCAGUGUUUGUGCACUCGUUUCCUGCAGGUGGUCUUCACCUUUCCCAAGCUGUGUGUUUCUUUGCAAGCCCUGGCUGCCUCACUGAGUGAGCGCUGCCAUUUAAAGCCUGACUUAUAUAGAUUUUUUUUUUAUUUUUUAUUAUCUGCAUUUGUUCACAUUCUGACAGCAGCAUUUGUUUCUGCAGGGAUUUUUAGCUUAUUUUUCUUUUCUCCCGACUGACAGCUUAUUGGUGCUUACUGCACGUGUCAGGAAUAAGGCUGCUUGCUUUUCAGUAGUCUUAAGUCUUUUUGUGUGUGUGUGUGUCGCUGCAUCUCUAUGUAAAUGUGAGCAUCUUUUUACCUUUUAAAAAGACAAACAACCAAAACUGCACUUUUGUCUUGGACAUGAAUCGCCACUCUCUGUAAUCAGAUUCACGUGUUUGUUUGGCAUCUCCGUUGAGGGCUGUUCACAAGUAUUGAUGCAUCAGCCGGUCACUUCGCUACGUCACCGCAUUGCGCGAUUUUCACAGGUUGUGUUUUAAACAGUGUUGUUAAAUGUGGAAUCAUCGAAUGUUUGAUUUUGCACAGCGCAGGAAUAUCAUUUCUGCAGUGAUCAGCAGUGUGAGCUAUAGCGUGUACAUUAGCCAGCUGCCACAAUGAAAGCAAUAGUAUGUUACUUUAUAUAGAGAGUUUCCCCGGGUAUAACGGUGUCCGUCUGCCUUUGGGGGAGGCUCAGGAUAUAUAUUGAAAUGUAUGCAUAGUGUAUGUAUCUAUGUGUGUACAUAUAUGUGUUUGAUUCAUUUAUCUUGAGAAAUCUUUAUUUUUAAGCUAUCCAGUGUUUGUGGAAAAUUAAAUUGAGUAUUUGUUCUUUGACAAUCACAUGUAUUUAUAUGUCAAAUAUAUUUUUAAAUGUUGUCACUGAAAAAAAGAGAACGAUUGUCCUUGUAAAUUAUUAACCCACGUCUGUGGAAUAAAGAUUAUACAGCGAGCGGAAUUCACAAAGUCUUAAGGAAUAUUUUGCAAGGGAUAUAUAUAUUUACACUCAUUUUUAAAGCUCUUUAACCUCAAAGCAUGUUUAUAAUCUUAUAAAAUCUCUUCAUAGCUUGGUGGAUGAUUGCGAGGGGGGGAGAUAUAGAUGCCUGGAAGGGUUGCAUUAAAAGAGAGCAAAGAUAACACAGUGUGGUUUCUUUCUAUCUGUCACAGCCAAACUACAGACCCCUAAAAAAAAAAAAAAAAAGACACCUGGGAUUGUCUUUUGAGACGCUGUCUCACUUGACUGCCAGUCUUACAGCUUAGAAACAGACAUCCCCUGGUCUCUCACUGAGCACCCACGCAGGUAUAGGGGUGUCCUCCUGUGAGUGGAAGUUUGAUUUGAAUAGCCCCAGAAACUAGGGAAGGAACACAGGUAACAAGCGUCUGAGAAGCAUUGUGCUUUCAGGAUUCCAUUCUGGAACCCAUUAUUUAUAGAACCCUGUUAAUAGAACCUUUCGUAAUGAUGCUGUUGAGAUUUAUAAUCGAAUUUACAAACGCUCCCUUGAGUAAGGGGGCCGGCAGCAGUAGUUUUUCAAAUGAUCGAAUAAUAACACAGCCUCCAAACAUAACAGAGAGUAAUUAACUCAAAGCUGCAGCGAGCAAGCUCUCUCUGCAGUUUGCCUCAGCCUUAUUGUUUAAAUGAAGAUUAAUGGAGGCAUAUGACUUUAGCUUUUAAUGUAUUUGUGAUUUAUGUGUUUACGCAGGGACUUGUAAUGCGGUAAAUGAUUCUGCCUCAUAUUGCAAAGUUGCCAUUUGACUUUAUAAUCACUCGUGCAUUGUAACUUAAUAAUGGGGUUAAACACUUUACAAAGAGAACAGCGCAAGCAAAUUUAAAAUCAGCAAAGCAGCCAAAUAAAGGCCGCUUGAUUUGAAUUGUGCUUUGUCUUUUUUCUGUCGUCUGCAGCGUUCUGAAUAACCCUUCAUGAAAACCUUGGAGCCUUUUCGUUUGUGCAUCGUCUUCAUUAAAUAGUUGUUGCCUUGUUUUAUCGAGCUGCUUGGGCUUUCUUGUAAAGAGCAAAGGGUCUUGGCUGUAGCAGGGAGGUGGUGUGAUAAUAAUUAAACGAGACUAGUCUGUCCUCAGCCUUUCGAAGUUUCCAUGGAGCUUUGUAACCCAAUUCUGCAGGACAGGAGCAGUCAAUGCGUAUGCAAGCCACCCCAUUGGGAGUCAGACAAGGCAAAGGUAUUGCACACUGCUGGCACGCUGUUGUAAAAGUGUACUCUUCAAGGUAUGGCAUAGAGAGGUAUGGGAAAGCUAUAAAGGCAUAGCAUGGGGAGGAUGCAGAGAUACAGGGUCCACUUUUAUAUAACGCCUUUCAUAGUAGACCACCAUCACAAAGUGCUUUCCAGAGGCAGGCUGCGAACUGUGCAGUAUAUGCAGAGUCACUUACAAUAGGAUAGCGAUUUAACAUCUCAUCCACAGAAUGGAGCGCAAGGCGAUGAGGUGACUCGCUCAGGGUCACACACAGAGAGUCAGUCAGUGGCAGAUUUGAAUCGGUGACCUUCUGGUUACAAGCCCUGGACUUUAACCACUGGACUACCCUACCUGCUUAAGGGAGCACGCGUCUAAGAAAAUCUUCCAUCUCAACCACCUGUUUUGUUUUAUGUAAAUAGAACCAGGCUUCAGAGCUGUAACAAGUCGAAACUGAGACAGCCCUAUUAGGUUCACACAGGGUUUCUGACAGCUGAGAUAAUGUAAAGAAACCGGACUGUCAAUAAAGCCCACUUUCUGAUUUAGUGCAGUAUUAAACUGAUAAUGUAAGUUUUAAAUGCAUAACAAGUUUAAGAUUGCCGCGGGACGCUGUAGCUUUAAGAGCGCAUACAGAAAUUGGGCAUCUUUGGAGCGGGUGUCUGGGAAAUGCUUUGGCUUGCUGUUUUAUCUUUGUGUGUGGUCUUCCUGGUGGAAUUAAAUUAUAUUACCCAGCAAUAAAUAAAUAAAAACUCUCUUUAUGACCCGGUGCUUACAGAUUGAUGUCCCUUGCACUGAAUCCUAUACAGUAAUUGUCUAGUUUGUUGGUACAGGUCUUUUUCACCUUAGACUGUUGGUUUUGGUUUGUAAAUCAAAGUCGAUUUAUUCUUGGAAUUCUUGAGUUUUAUAUGGAGUGCUUGUCAAACGCUUUUGGGCGUGUCUCUUCAGUUCUUUCCCUGGUGCUGUACCCCACCCCGGUGUUUUGUGUCUCUCUUUGUCUGCUCCUGUGUUCCAUCGGUGUCGCUUUUGUUCCCUAACCCUAACCCCCCCCCUUCAACUCGGUCGACCCGACGCUCUGUCUGCCCGGCGUGGACGCGCAGUGCGGCGGCGCGCACAGACAGUCCGGCUCUAUAAUAAAAGCAGCACGCUCACUCCUACACACAGACCGACAGACGCGCACAUGCUGUCUGCUAACUCGGACCUGGCAUCUUCAGCAUCACUCUCAAUCUGUCUCUCCCAGUCCGAUCAGACAUUUACCAGUU